AUGACCUGCAACUACGUUCAGGUCAUCUCGGGCGAUUCCUGCGCAAGUCUGGUGACAAAGUGCGGGAUCACUUCUGCCGAGUUCUAUGAAUACAAUCCCUCCUCUACACUAUGUUCAACUCUCGCCGUGGGAGAAUAUGUGUGCUGCUCGUCGGGGUCACUUCCUGACUAUGCGCCUCAGCCAUAUGCCAAUGGUACAUGUUAUACCUACCUCGUCCAGGAAAAUGACAGCUGCGAUGAUCUUGCCGCCACGUACACUAUCACUGUCGAUGAUAUCCUGGAAUACAACAAUCAGACAUGGGGCUGGUUGGGCUGCGGCGCAAACGAACUAAUGGCCGACAUGAAUAUCUGUCUCAGUGAAGGCAUUCCUCCUUUCCCUGCCCCUGUUGCUGCCGCUGUCUGUGGACCUCAAGUACCGAAUACAACAGCCACUAGCGACGUCGACUCAUGGGCCUCAUUGAAUCCCUGCCCCCUGAAUGCUUGCUGUGACAUUUGGGGUGAAUGUGGUAUUACGCCUGACUUCUGUACUGUAACAAACUCCACCUCCGGCAAUCCAGGAACAGCAGAGACUGGUACUAAUGGGUGCAUAUCAAACUGCGGAUUCGAGUGGGGUGACGGCUCACAGGAAGAGGUGUGGUUCAGCAUCGGAUAUUUCGAAGCGUUCAACGAAGGGCGUCCGUGCUUGAAUAUGUAUCCGGAGAACAUUGACACAGGGAAUUACACUCAUAUCUAUUUUGCUUUCGGGAAUAUUACUAGUGAUUUUGAAAUCGAUGUCAGCGGCGCUGUGGACAUGUUUGAAGGAUUUCUUGCGCUUGAUGGCGUCCAACGAGUGGUUUCCUUUGGAGGUUGGGAUUUCUCAACUGACCCAAGCACCUACAUGAUCUUCAGAGAGGGUGUGACGGAGGCGAAUCGGGAUACUCUGGUAAAAAAUAUCGUGAACUUUGUUAAUGAAUUUGAUUUAGACGGCGUUGACUUUGAUUGGGAGUACCCGGGCGAGCCUGAUAUCAAAGGUAUUCCUGCUGGUAGCGACGACGAUGGUGCAAAUUACCUCGCAUUCUUGAAAGCUCUGAAAGCUGCUCUACCAGAUACUGUAACUGUCUCAAUUGCGGCACCGGCAUCUUACUGGUAUCUCAAAGCAUUUCCCAUUCAGGAAAUUGCGGAUGUUAUUGACUGGAUUAUCUACAUGACCUACGACCUGCAUGGUACUUGGGACCUGGAUAAUGACAGUGCGAUGUCCGGCUGCCCAGCGGGAAAUUGUCUUCGCUCACAUGUCAAUCGCACCGAAACCUUUUAUGCGUUGUCGAUGAUAACAAAAGCCGGUGUUCCAAGCAGCCAAGUGAUGGUGGGUGUUGCUAGCUAUGGCCGUUCAUUUACGAUGAGCACGGCUGGCUGUACCACGGAGGAUUGUACCUGGACUGCUGGUGGUGACGCUGCACCUUGCACUAAUACCAUCGGGUACAUCUCCAACGCUGAGAUCAAUCAGAUCAUAUCCGAAAAUCCUUCUGCCACCAUACUGUAUGAUGACGAGAGCGACACGAAUAUUUUGGUCUAUAACGAUACGCAAUGGGUAGGCUACAUGACCUAUGACACAAAAGUCGGACGCGCAGGGCUAUAUCAAGAGUGGUCCUUUGGAGGUACCACAGAAUGGGCUAUUGAUUUGGAGAGCUACACUGACUUUGAUGGUACUGGUUCUGAUACUGGUGCAUGGGAGCCAAUCAGCAAACUAAGAGGGGAGGUUGUCGAGCCAGUGUGUACCAACAGUAAUGCGAGCUACUGGCGAUGUAUCGAAUGCAUCAACACCACAAUAGCGGAGAACAUUAUCUAUCAGGUAUAUGAUUCCGAUCGAUGGGCCAUGUCAUAUACUGACGAUGCUGUGGCUGAUAUGAUCGAAUGGUGGAAUUCUGACCCCCUCAGUGGUGUGACAGUCGAGUAUUCGACUACAUGGACAUCUGCUAUGGCACAAUAUCUUGGUUACAUUACGGACUAUGACUGUUCAGGAUACGGUACUGACACCACUUCGUGCAACGUAGACCUUAGUUGCUCAGGAACCGCAGACAGUACACUGCCUCUUGCGAGUAUGUGGAUCUUGAACACCAUGGCGCGCAUGCGUGCCUUUUACUCUAACUGGUAUACUGCUCUUGAGGACAAUCUCAGCGAUUUGGAGGGUAUUUCAACUGCAUUUAAAGACACCUUUGCCCCUGAUGCAAGCGAAUCGUUAAGCGAUGAGAUCGCCGAUUUUAUUCUUGACCAAAUUCUCGGUGCUGCUGGAUCCGCCAUCUGGGAAAAGGUUGGCACGAAAAUUAUCCAACAACUGGUGUCAGAAGCGGCCAGUAAGGACGUCGAAGAGAAAGCAAGCGAACAGUGGGAUACGGUAUGGGGAGUUAUCUCGGACGAUGUGACUGAUGCUCUUUCAUGGUCUUCAUCGGUUCCAACUCUGGGCGAUAUUCAGACGUACAUUACCACAGUCGUCGACGCACAGAUGACGGCUCUGAAUACCUCUUACGAAUCUCUUAUUAGUGGCACCAAAACAUCGCAGACUAAAUGGCAAAGCACAACGGGCAACGGGACAUGGCUGAGCAUCGGAGACGGUGUUUCGAUGCCAGACCUGGUUGGUACCAUCAAGAAACAACUGAUGGCGAAUGUUCUUACCUAUGCAUGGAAUAUUACCGACUCCUACGUGCCUGUUAUCGUCAUGACAGAUGUUCAGGACGACACGAGUAACCCAUUUAAAAGCGACCUUACUGAGAAUUCUGAGCUAUCUGACGACGACGCAGAGAAUUCUCGAUACAGCAUUCCCGGGUCAGGCAAGACGUUUUGGCUUGUAGGUGCCAAUGCAUGCCAAGCAAAAGUCGAUAACCAGGAUAUCGGCUACGGAUGUUCAGACCCAAGCACGAUGUUCAGAGCUCUUCCGGGGCUUACAAGUUUGAAUGGAACGGCCCAGUGGGGAAAUCUCACUUUUAGCGAGCUUAUCGUGAGCUCGUACAACGGUUAUGUCUUGAAUGGUAAUGCAAAUGGUUACAACAUUCAGGAUAACUCUGACGGGUCGUACUAUACUGAUGGCUCUGGCACCAAGGCCACUGUGCCUUGGACCGCAGGCGUGGAGACUCCUGGUGUCUUCCAAGUGCCCAUGUGUAACUAUACUGUCGCCUACUGGAAUCAGGUGGCAGUUCAAUGGCAACUUAAUGGUAAAGCUCCGGCUGCUAACUAUCCAUGCACUUUGUCCUGUGACGACUUAGGUUUUUCUCCCUCUUGUUUUACAGAUUAG